AAGAAAGUCUUUAAGACAAAAGACUAAAAUCAAAAACAGAUCUGUAUCUUGGUACCCACGGCUUGAGAGGUUCUUGUUUUUGAUUAUUAAGAAAGUCUUUAAGACAAAAGACUAAAAUCAAAAACAGAUCUAUAUUUUAGUACCCACGGCUUGAGAGGUUCCUGUUUUUGAUUAUUAAGAAAGUCUUUAAGACAAAAGACAAAAAUCAAAAACAGAUCCUUGUUUUACUUACCCACGGCUUGAAAAGAUCAUCUUUUUGAACGGAAUGGAUUAAGAAAGCCUUUAAGAUAAAAGACUAAAUCAAAAACAGAUCUUUAUUUUGGUACCCACGGCUUGAGAGGUUCAUGUUUUUUUAAUGGGAUGCAUAAAGAAAAUUUUUAAGACAAAAGACUAAAAUCAAAAACAGAUCUUUGUUUUAGUACCCACGGCUUGAGAGGUUCUUGUUUUUGAUUAUUAAGAAAGUCUUUAAGACAAAAGACUAAAAUCAAAAACAGAUCCUUGUUUUACUUACCCACGGCUUGAGAAGAUCAUGUUUUUGAACGGAAUGGAUUAAAAAAGUCUAUAAGACAAAAGACUAAAAUCAAAAACAGAUCUUAUUUUGGUACCCACGGCUUGAGAGGUUCCUGUUUUUGAAUGGAAUGGACUAAGAAAGUCUUUAAAACAAAAGACGAAAUCAAAAACAGAUCCUUGUUUUACUUACCCACGGCUUGAGAGGUUCUUGUUUUUGAUUAUUAAGAAAGUCUUUAAGACAAAAGACAAAUCAAAAACAGAUCUUUAUUUUGGUACCCACGGUUUGAGAAGAUCAUGUUUUUGAACGGAAUGGAUUAAAAAAGUCUUUAAGACAAAAGACUAAAAUCAAAAACAGAUCUUUAUUUUGGUAUCCACGGCUUGAGAGGUUCCUGUUUUUGAAUGGAAUGGACUAAGAAAGUCUCUAAGACAAAAGACAAAAUCAAAAACAGAUGCUUGUUUUACUUACCCACGGCUUGAGAGGUUCUUGUUUUUGAUUAUUAAGAAAGUCUUUAAGACAAAAGACUAAAAUCAAAAACAGAACAGAUCCUUGUUUUACUUACCGACGGUUUGAGAGGUUCCUGUUUAUUAAGAAAGUCUUUACAAAAGACUAAAAUAAAAAAAAGAUCCUUGUUUUACUUACCCACGGCUUGAGAAGAUAUAUUUGGAUGGAAUGGGAGCUAUAAGUUAUAACUUAUAAGGAUCAAGGGAUUAAGAAAAUCCAUAAGACAAGAGACUUGAAAAAUCAGAAAUAGAUCCUUAUUUUAUUACCCACGGCUUACAAAAAAACCCACAAAAACCCACGGCUUACAAGUCUUAGACAAAGAUGUACAAGGCAUGUCAGUUAAAAAACCCACGGCUUACAAGUCUUAGACAAAGAUGUAUAAGGCUUGUCAGUUAAAAAGACCCACUGUUUCAAAGUCCUUACCACCCACGGCUUAAGAAAAUCGGUUUCGGUUAUUUUUGGAUAGAAUGGAGUGUGAUGACAAACACUUACAAGUCUUACAAAGACUACAAAUAAAAAACCGAUUCCUUAUAUUACCCACGGCUUACAAGAACCUUAAGACACAGAUUUACAAAAGUAAAAGUAUAAAGACAAAGACAUCAGACAUGUCAAUUAAAAGUCCCACGGCUUAAUAGUCUUUACUACCCACGGCUUGAGAAAGAAUUUUUUGAUUAGUUGGAUAGACUGAUCAAAGGGUUAAGACAAAGAGACUACAAAUUAAAAGCAGACACACUAGUUCAUUACCCACGGCUUACAAAGGUCUUAAGACAGAGACUUAAAAAAGUAUUAACACUUUAUAAAAGUCUUUAAAGUAUUUGGACAAAGACAUAGAAUGACUUAUACUUCACUACCCACGGCUUGUAAAAGUUUACCCACGGCUUACAAAAGUUGUCUUUAAAAGACAAAAAGACAUACACUUCACGGGUUCACACUACCCACGGUUUACAAAAGUCUCAAGACAAAGACUUAUGAAUAGAUCACACUACACACGGCUUAUAAAAGUCUCAAGAUAAAUACUUGCAAAAGUAUUAAGGCAAAAGACUUACAAAGGUCUUUAAAGUCUUUGGACAAAGACAUAGAUGUCAUACUUCAGUAGUUCACACCCACGGCUUACAAAACAUGUCUUUAAAAGACAAAAAAGACAUACUUCACUAGCUCACAGUACCCACGGCUUAUAAAAAUUUACCCACGGCUUACAGAAGUCUUAAGACAAAAGAUUUAUAAAAGUCUUAAAAGUCUUUGGACAGAAACAUAGAAGAUAUGUACUUCACUAGUUCACAGUACCCACGGCUUAUAAAAGUUUACCCACGGCUUACAAAAGUAUUUAGACAAAAGACUUACAAAAAGUUUGUGCUUUAGAAGGUCGAAGGAGAUUGCAAGUGUAGCAAGACUUAUGUGACAGGUACGUCUCUUUGAUUUUGUUGAGUCUCACGUAGAUAUAUAUUUUGUAGGUAUGUGAGACUUCUGUAGUUUGUGGUUGUAGUUUAUAUGUCUGAGAUAUUUUUAUUUGUAUUAUCCACUAACCCUUAGUGAUCACGUAUGAUACGUUCCUGUAAUUUUAUAAUUUAAUUUUGGUUGUUGUAUGAGUGUGCGCUGCAAGGCGGUGCAAGACGAAGGGAGGGCAGAACGGUCUUUUCGGUAGUGCCUCGCUGAGGAAUUUCCAGAGAUCGGGACGGAGAUCAUCGGAGGUGGUGGUGGUGGAGUAGCCGAAGCCUGAUGUUGUGUUGAUGGAUGAGAAAGGGGCGAAACCGAGGAAUCAUAAGAAGACGGGUCUGUCUAAGAAGGAGAAACAGAGUUCGGUUCCUCUGUUGCCUUCUCCUCCUUGUCUAUCUUCAGAUCUAAGUGAAGAUGUUUGUCAAGGUGAUUUGGAGCGGAUUAGAGAGAAUAUCAACGAUCUAAUCAUGUGGAGAGAUGUUGCAAAGUCGACACUUUGGUUCGGUUUCGGGUGCUUUGUUUCAUGUCUUCUUGCUUUGCUAAAGGAUUCAGCUUUAGUGUUUUCUCAGCGGUCUCUCAUUGUGUGUGUGUUUGAAGUGUUUUCUCAGCGGUUUCGUUUUUGUCACACUCUCUUCGCCAAAGAAGAGACAGAGCGGAGAGAGGUUAAACUGAGUGAAGAGGAUGUGUUACGAGUAGCUAGAAGAAUGCUUCCGGUCACCAAUUUUGGCGAUUUCAGAGACGAGCCAGCUUUUCUCUGGCGAACCAGCAAUGACACUCGAAGUGGCACCUUUGUUCUAAUCAGAGCAGAGUAUGGUUACCUCAUAACACUGUGGAGGCUAUGUGCUUUAGAAAUGGAUAAUGGAACAACAACUAAGCAAAUUGGCAGAGAAGUUUGCAUUCCAGAUAGUGGUACAACACAUACUAUUCUGAAAGAUAAGAGAUAUUUCUCUAACUUAAAAUCAGCAAAAAUGACUGUAAACACAAUAUCAGGUCCUACGGAUUUGAUCGAGGGAAUUGGCAAAGCAAACUUUAUGUUGCCUAAUGGAACAAAGUUUUCCAUAAACAAUGCCUUGUAUUCUCCAAAUUCAAAGAGAAAUUUGUUGAGUUUCAAAGAUAUAUACCUUCAAGGAUAUGAAACUCAGUCUGCAACUGAGAAUGGAAAGAAAUAUAUGUAUAUAACUUCUGAAAAAUCAGGCAAAAAUCUUGUACUGGAAAAGUUUCCAAAACUUCCUUCUGGAUUACAUCAGACUUAUAUUAAUGCGAUAGAAUCAAACCUUGUGGUCAAAAGAAAUCCAGAAGAUAUUACAUUAUGGCAUGACCGUCUUGGUCAUCCAGGCACUACAAUGAUGCGGAAAAUCAUUGAAAGUUCACAUGGUCAUUCAAUGAAAACCCAAGAUCUAUAUCAAAGUAAUAAAAUGACAUGUGCUGCAUGUGCUCUUGGGAAAUUAAUCAUAAGACCAUCACCAACCAAAAUUGAUAAAGAAUCACCAAAAUUCUUAGAAAGAAUCCAAGGUGACAUUUGUGGACCAAUACAUCCACCAUGUGGACCAUUCUACUACUUUAUGGUAUUAAUCGAUGCGUCGAGUAGAUGGUCACAUGUUUGCCUAUUAUCAUCUCGAAAUAUGGCAUUUGCGAGAUUUUUAACUCAAAUAAUCAAAUUAAAAGCUCAGUUCUCUGAUCAUCCAAUUAAAAGAGUUAGAUUAGAUAAUGCUGGUGAAUUCACAUCCCAAGCAUUUAAUGAUUACUGUAUGGUAUCAGGGAUUGAAGUAGAGCACUCAGUUGCUCAUGUUCAUACACAAAACGGUUUGGCAGAAUCACUAAUUAAACGAUUGCAAUUAAUUGCAAGGCCAUUGAUCAUGAGAUCAAAACUUCCAACCUCUGUAUGGGGACAUGCCAUUCUGCAUGCAGAAGCACUCAUUCGGAUAAGACCUAGUGCGUACCAUAGAUAUUCCCCAUUACAGUUAGCGUUUGGUAGAGAACCAAAUAUUUCUCAUCUAAAAGUCUUUGGUUGUGCAGUUUAUAUCCCAAUAGCACCACCGCAACGUACAAAGAUGGGACCACAAAGACGGUUAGGAAUAUAUAUUGGUUAUGAUUCUCCAUCAAUAAUAAGAUAUCUAGAACCACAAACUGGUGAUGUGUUUACGGCACGAUUUGCCGAUUGUCAUUUCAAUGAGAAAGAGUUCCCAACCCUAGGGGGAGACAAUAAUCAAGUAGGAAAGGAAAUCAAAUGGAAUGUGCCAUCUUUAUUACACCUUGAUCCUCCUACGAAACAAUCAGAACUAGAAGUUCGACGUAUCAUGCAGUUACAAAAUAUAGCAAGUCAAUUACCCGAUGCAUUUGCUGAUACCAAAAUGGUAACUAAAUCACACAUACCAGCUGUAAAUACUCCUGCUCGUAUUGAAAUACCACAAAAAUAUGGAGCGGCAGUUGAUACACGUGAAUCAGGAACACGUUUGAAACGCGGUAGACCUAUUGGUUCGAAAGAUAAAGUUCCUAGGAAACGUAAGGAAGGUGAAAAGCAUGAUACUCCCAAAAUAACAGAAAAUAUUUUGGAAGAAGAAAAUUGUGAAUCUAACGACAAUAGAGAACAUAUUGAAUCUGAAGGAAAUCACGAGAUUUCUAUCAAUUACAUCCAUAAUGGAAAGAUAUGGAAACGAAAUAAGAUGGAUGACAUUGAUGAUGUUUUCUCAUAUCUCUUAGCACAAGAAAUAAAUGAAGAAAACGAAGAUCCAGAACCAAAGUCUGUAUAUGAAUGUCAAAAGAGACAUGACUGGAUGAAAUGGAAAGAUGCAAUUCAAGUCGAACUAGAUUCCCUUAACAAACGAAACGUAUUCGGACCUAUUGUGCUCACACCCAAAGAUGUGAAACCUGUUGGAUACAAAUGGGUGUUCGUCCGAAAACGAAAUGAAAAAAAUGAGAUUACAAGAUACAAAGCUCGUCUCGUAGCCCAAGGUUUUUCUCAAAGGCCUGGGAAUUGA